CCAAAAAAAAAAAAAAAUUAUUUCUUCUGCCUCCUCAAACCAUUAUUUAUUUUUCUCAAAAUUUUCUCUUGUUGAAAAAAUGGAAAAUCAAACUCUAACAGGUUUGUUGAAGAAGGUGGCCUCGGAAUUUCCGAACCGCCGUGCGCUUUCCGUUUCUGGAAAAUUCGAUUUGACCCACGCUCGACUGCAGGAGCUCGUCGAUCACGCCGCCUCUCACUUAAUCGCCUCUGGAAUUGGCCCAAACGACACCGUCGCGCUCACCUUCCCCAACACCGUUGAGCUUGUCGUGAUGUUUUUGGCGGUGAUUCGGUGCCGAGCAACGGCGGCGCCGCUGAACCCGGCUUAUACGGCUGAGGAGUUCGAGUUCUACCUCUCCGACUCAGAAUCGAAGCUUCUGAUCACGCCGGAGGUUCCGAUUCAAGCGGUUAAAGCGGCGGCCACCAAGCUCAACAUACCCCCCCCGACCCCCCCUGCUCCCCCCGCCGCGGCGGCCGCCGUGCCUCCCCCAGCCGCUGGCCGAUUCUCUGCCUCCACAUUUUGGGCCGACAUGCUUUCGUACAAUGCCACGUGGUAUACCGCGGUACCCACCAUCCACCAGAUCAUCCUCGACCGCCAUGACAGCAAACCCGAACCGAAAUACCCGAAGCUCCGGUUCAUUCGGAGCUGCAGCUCUUCGUUGGCUCCGUCAAUAUUGGCGCGGCUGGAAGAGUCGUUUGGCGCGCCGGUCUUGGAGGCUUAUGCGAUGACAGAGGCGACCCAUUUGAUGUGUUCGAACCCGUUGCCCGAAGACGGGCCCCACAAGCCCGGGGCGGCGGGGGGGCCGGUGGGGCUUUUGGACGAUAAGGGUUUGGUUCAGCCAGAGGGCGUGAACGGCGAGGUGUGUAUCAGAGGACCCAAUGUGACUAAGGGGUAUAAAAACAACCCAGAAGCCAACAAAGCGGCUUUCUUGUUCGGGUGGUUUCAUACUGGAGAUAUCGGCGUUUUGGAUUCUGAUGGGUAUUUGAGCCUCGUGGGUCGGAUCAAGGAGCUAAUUAACCGCGGAGGGGAGAAGAUAUCACCCAUUGAAGUAGAUGCAGUGCUUGUGUCACAUCCAGAAAUUGAGCAAGGAGUUUCCUUUGGAGUUCCUGAUGAUAAAUAUGGUGAAGAGAUUAACUGUGCCGUAAUCCCAAGAAAAGGCACAAGCAUAGACGAGGAAGAAGUGCUGCGAUUUUGCAAGAAGAAUCUGGCUUCUUUCAAAGUACCCAAGAAGGCGUUCAUUACUGACUCUCUUCCUAAAACUGCAACCGGGAAAAUCCAACGUCGAAUUGUGGCCGAGCAUUUCCUUGCACAAAUCUCCACUGCCAAGGUUCCCAAGUUUGGUGCUUAAUUUUCGUAAUUCCUAAAAGAGUCCUGCAAGUUUCCUAAUGGUGACUAAAGCUGUCUACAAUCAUGGGCACGUGUUUGUUUUCUUUUCACGAUGCCAUAAGUCAUGUGGUAGUAGUAUUAGUAGUAGAAGUGGAGAAGAUGAAGUGAUAAACUGAGGGCCCUACCAUAUAAACGCAGAAGCUGUUGUGUACUUUUUAUCUCUUAUUUUUUUAUUUGACAAACUUUGUUGUUUGAUUCGUUCUGGGUUUGUAAUGAUAAAUAGUUAAAUGUUAGUCGACGACCAUACCAUCUAUUAUUCAUC